AUGGCUCCCCCUAUUAAUUUCGAUCUCUUUGAAUGGGUCUACAUUGUUCUAACUUUAUUAGCUCUGAUCACAUUUAUAUGCUUCACAUCUAAGUCAUUCAGAGAAUAUAAGAAUGUCGCAAACCAAUUGGCAUUUUUAACUUAUGGUCUGGUAAUUCUAAGCUAUGUGUCAGAGAGCCUUAUGAAAAUAUUCGGACUUCUUGGAAUUGAAGUAUAAGGUUAAGCCUUUGCCGAUCACGUAGACAAUCCAGAGGUUUACCUUGAUGAUAUGUACUUAUGUAGUUUCAAUUUAUCUUCACAUGUACCUGAGUACUUAAUGCUGCUUGCUAUCAUGUUCAAUAUCAUAAAAUGGCUUUAACUCUGCUGUUAGUUUAAUACAUACAACGUUUCUAAAAUAUGCAGAUAAUAUUUCAUAUUGGUUAUUGGCCUCUUUAUUGUCAUACUGAUUAUUGCUGGAGUUAUAAGAAGCUAUGAGGCUUGCCCUCAUACGAAAAUUAAGAAUAAAAAGAUGGAAAAAAGCGAAUUUCUAUCUUUCUUGGAAGUGCUUUACUUGAUCGUAUUGUUUAUUCUUGCAAUUAGUUAUAUUAUUAUACUCUGGGGAAUGACAAAAUUCAUUAGAUAUAGAAUUUAACUAGAAAAUCAAUAGAUGAUUAAGAAAUAAAGUAUCAUUAAGUAUAACGUGGCUAUCAGGAAAAAAAUAAAGGCCACUAUGAUUACAUUAAUAAUACUGUCUACUUUGAAAAUCGUUUUACAAAUGAAAAAUACAAUUGCUCCUGAACAACCAGAUCAUAAAUUUGGACUUUUAUACAAGCCUAAUUAUUUAAUCUCUUUACUUUCAACUCUAAUUGGGAUCUUCUUUAUGGGAGUAAUGGGAAAUUCAAUUAAAUUAUAACUUAUCACUCAAGAAAAUAACAGUAAAGAUUCUCUGGUUUAAAUUAUUGACGAGGACUUUAAUUAAAAUGUGAGCUAGAAGAAAAGAAUGCUUACUACAAUUCAAGAGGUAGAUAAUGAAGAUUCUGAGAAUAAUACAGCUCGAUCAAGCACAAUUACUGGUACUAAAUCUAGAAAAUAUUUUGGAAAGUCGGGAAACUUUGACAACAAUCAAGAUGAUAAAUUGUUUAAAAGUCUAACCUAAAAACUGUAAGAUUACUAGAAUGAUCAAUAAAAUGCAAUAAAUUACUCAAGCUAGCAAUCUCAAAGGUCAAAUUAAUAUGAAAUGGAUGUCGAGAAGUAAACCUUAGAUGGAGAAAGUUAAAAUAAAAGUGACGAUAAAUACUGA